GGCCAAUCCGCCCGCCGCCGCCUCCGAUACUACCGAGGCACCCGCCGCAGCUCAAAGCCUCGCGCGGCUCUCUCUCUCUCUCUCUCUCUCUCUCUCACCGUCUCCCUCUCUCCGCCCGCGGCUUCGCAAUGGCCGGCCUUCUCCACUCCCCCGCGGCCGCGCUCCUGCCCCCGGCCUCCCUCCUCCUCCGCCGCCAGCACGGCGGAAGCCGGCGCCGCAGGGGCGCGUGCUUCCGCGUCGAGGCCAAGAUCCGGGAGAUCUUCAUGCCGGCGCUCAGCUCCACCAUGACGGAGGGGAAGAUCGUGUCGUGGACCGCCGCCGAGGGGGACCGCCUCGCCAAGGGCGACCCCGUCGUCGUCGUCGAGUCCGACAAGGCCGACAUGGACGUCGAGACCUUCCACGAUGGCUUCCUCGCCGCCGUCCUCGUCCCCGCCGGCGAGUCCGCCCCCGUCGGCUCCGCCAUCGCGCUCCUCGCCGAGUCGGAGGAGGAGAUCCCGGCCGCCCAGUCCCAGGCCGCUUCCUUCUCUUCCUCCUCCUCCUCCUCGUCCUCUCCGCCACCGCCUCCCCAAGAAGCAACCCCUCCCCCGCCGCCUCCUCCUCCGGCCCCAGUAGCAGCAGUCUCUGCUCCCGUGCCGCCAUCGCCAGCAACGCAGGGCGGGUCGCGCGUGGUCGCGUCGCCGUACGCCAAGAAGCUCGCCAAGGACCUCAACGUUGAUCUCUUCUCGAUUGCCGGCUCUGGCCCGGGUGGGCGGAUAGUGGCGAAGGACGUCGAGGCGGCAGCGGUGGCGCCUAAGAAGGCGACGCGUGCGCCGGCUGCCGCACGGCCCGACGUGCCACUUGGGUCGACGGUGCCGUUCACGACAAUGCAGGGUGCUGUCAGCAAGAACAUGGUGGAGAGCCUCGCCGUGCCGACGUUCAGAGUCGGUUACACCUUCACAACUGAUGCUCUGGAUGCGCUCUACAAGAAGAUUAAGGAGAAGGGUGUGACGAUGACGGCCCUGUUGGCAAAGGCGACUGCAAUGGCACUUGUGCAACACCCGGUUAUAAACUCCAGCUGCAGAGAUGAGAAGAGCUUCACUUACAACAGCAGCAUAAACAUUGCUGUGGCAGUGGCCAUCGAUGGUGGGUUGAUUACGCCAGUGCUUCCAGAUGCUGAUAAGCUCGACAUUUAUUCUCUGUCGAGGAAAUGGAAGGAGUUAGUUGAUAAGGCUCGAGCAAAGCAGCUGCAGCCCCAUGAAUACAACUCGGGCACCUUUACUAUUUCAAACCUCGGUAUGUUUGGAGUUGACAGAUUUGAUGCAAUCUUGCCACCUGGAACAGGUGCAAUCAUGGCCGUUGGAACGUCACAACCAACACUUGUUGGUACAAAAGAUGGUAGAAUUGGGAUCAAGAACCAAAUGCAGGUCAACGUUACUGCUGAUCAUCGUGUUAUUUAUGGAGCUGAUCUUGCUGCUUUCCUGCAAACGCUUUCCAAGAUAAUUGAGGAUCCCAAGGACCUUACAUUCCAUCCUGCCUUGCACGGCGGCGCCAUGGCCGCCGCCGGCUCGUCGGGCCGAGCGGAGGUCGACACCUCCAGCGCCUUCCGGUCGGUGAAGGAGGCGGUCGCCGUGUUCGGCGAGCGCCUGGAGAACCAGUUCAGGCCGGACGGCGGCGGGUAUGGUGAUCGCCGUGCUGGUAGAGAGGGGAGGACCCGGUCGAACACCUUGGCCAUUGCGGCGUCCUAUGCCAAGCUUGAGGGAGGAGACGGGGUUAGGGCUACUAGCCAAUGGAGGCCGAACGCCAUUGGCGCCACUGCCAAGGUUGAGGAGAGUAGCAAGAAGCUUCCGGUGGCCGAGGCCAUGCCGAUGUACUUGGUCCCGUCCUCGCCGCCGUUCUUCGCGUCGUCGCCGUCGCUAGCCAACGACGAAGACGUCGCCAGCGCCGGUGGCAGCUCCAUGGUGAUGGGCUCCAUCAGGAAGGUGGAGGAGGAGGCCGCCAGGGCGAGGCAGGAGGUGGCGCAGCUGAAGCGGAGGCUGGCCGAGACGGAGCUCGCCAUGGCGACGCUCAGCGCGAAGCUCCACCGCGCGCUCUCCAAGCUGGCGCACAUGGAGGCCGACAGGGCGGCGGCGGCGCGGGCGCGCAUCCAGCGGAGGGACGGCCGCGACAUGGCGCUGGCGGUCUGGGCCGCGGCCGGCGACCGGCGGCCCGCGACGACGGCGAGGAGGCAGCCGCUGGGGCAGCUGCUCAGGCUCGGCGAGGCCGACAGCGGCGGCGGCGGCGAGGUGAUGAUCGGCGGCCAGAGAAGGACGGCGGCGCCGACGAGGAAAGUGCAGAAGCAGAAGCCGAUCGUGCCUCUCAUUUUUCCUCUCAUCAAUGGCGUCAUCUUCUCGAGGAAGAAGAGGAUCAAGGACAAGGAGAGCUUGUACAUGAAGGAGCUUUACAGCUUGCUUAGGCUCAGCUGAUCACUCAUCAGUGAUCUCUCAUUUGCUUAAUCUGUGGCACUUGUGCAGCGUGCUUAACUAGUAAUUGAUCUUGUCCUAUGUAAUUAUACUGCAACUGUAGUGUGUAACUCUGUGUGAUUAUGUCUGACUUUCAUAUGAUCCUGGUGUAAUUUAAUUUGUAAAUUAAGCAAUGCCAAACAAUAUCGCCGAAUAA